AAUGUAAAAAAAGACGACGAUGUAAAACCUCAAGAUACCAGGUAUUUUGUUGUUAGCUUGUGGAACACUUUACAGUCUAAAGCAGGUGGGAUUUUCUCUAUAUUUGCGGAAGGAUCAGAUGCCAGCAUUCAGAGCACAGUGAGAGAUGUGGAGUUUGUUGGCGGAUUCAAGAGAGUUUCGCCCUCAGAAUCCUACUUAUUUCUCAACGUAAAGACUGGCUCAGAGAGGAAAGUGCUCGUCCUGUGGAUGAACAGCUCUAAAGGAAAAAAGAGAGACAUCAUCAAAUCCCUACAGGCUGCAACGAUACGAUGCUGCAGUGAUAAAGCUCGUCCAGUGCUCGUCGCCUGCACUGUUAUUCCCUCAGUGAACAGCGUUAUUUGGGCAGGUGUGUUCAGUGCGCAGAAUCAGCAGGAUCCGGAGAACAGCGCGCUGGCUCUGUACGACAUCAGCAGCAUUCAAGGCCGAGUGAAGGGCUUCUGCGCUUCUGGUGAAAACCCAUGUGGUUCUGAGAGUGAUACUGAACUUCAGCCGCUCUCUGUGGUGUUCAAGCACAGCUCAAUGUCAGCAGUGGCAGCAGUUAGAAGUGGAUCCUGGAUUGUGCUGUUCAUAGGAACCAGUGAUGGUCAACUCAUAAAGCUUGUGUUGGAUGAGAAAUUCACUCCAGGAUGUCCAAUAGUGCUAUUUAAAUCUGAUGAUGAACGAGCAGUGCUUCCCAGAAUGCACUUUGAUCCAGUAGAUUUCAAACAUAUCUACAUCGCUCUGAGGAAACAGUUAAGAAGAGAGUCCGUUGUUCAGUGUGCUAAAUACAGCACUCUGAUAGACUGCAGAGCUGCUCUGGAUCCUCUCUGCGGCUGGUGUGUGAACACACACAGAUGUUCUACUCAAGAUGAGUGCUCGAAUACUUCAUGGGUGUCCAUCCCAAAAAACUCUCUCCAGACGCGACUGUUUUCUUUUCAGAUGGCAGAGAAUUCUUCUAGAAAGAUUACUCUACAUCUUUCCUUGAGUCUGGAGAGCACAGGAAAUCCUGCCUUCUCAUGUACUUUCACUAAAGGAAGUGUAAACCUGUGUGACGGGUCUGAUCCGCCUGCAGUUUUCCCAAAUUGCUCCUGUAGUUUUUCUGACCAGCUACAAUAUACUGGAGGUUUAAGAGUCUCUGCUACUGUUACUAUUGAAGAUCAGAAGAUCACAGAGAUGCUGACACUGACAAACUGCUCCACUAUCACUGAAAAUUCACCAAAUACUUUUACAUGA